AUGUCAAGUGGCUCUUCACCCUUUCCCGAUCUCUCUUCUCUACCGAUUUCUCAGGAGCGUUUGUCGCUCUUGAAUCGUUAUAAGGGAAGCAUAAGGCCUUUUAAUGAAUUUUUUGACAGAACAAGGUUUUCUAAGCCCAAUGGCAUGGGAAGCGUUGCUCAAAGACUCAGUUAUAACCUGACGCAUUUUCAAUCAAACUAUAUUCUCGUCGUCUUAGGACUAUUGAUUUAUUGCCUAAUUACGAAUUUUUGGCUCCUGUUAACUAUUCUUCUUCUUAUCUUUGGCUUACAUUACAUCCGUAAAACAACUGAACCAUUG